GAAAAUAGAAAAAAAGGGGUUGGAUGGAUGGGGAGAGAAUCAUGGAUUGGACUUUGAUGAAUGAGUAUUGAAUAUUGAACAGAGGAGCGUGUUUCCAGAAAUCUGCUGCACUUUCUCUCUCUCUCUCUCUCUCUCUAUUCUAGGAGCGAGUGUGUGUAUCUCAUGUGGGCCUGACUGAGCUCUCGCUUGCCAACGUUUUCUUCUUCUUCCGCUUCUUCUGUUUGAUUCCUUUUUGCUCUGUUUUGUGUGCUUUUAAUUUGUUGUAACAAACGCCUCCAUCAUCUACCUUCCAACCAAACCCUGACUCACUAUCAUUAUUGCUCUGACCGAUCCCACUUGGGUUGUAUGGUAUCUGUCUUUGAUUGAUAUCGCCAUUUUGAAGAAAACCCAGAAGCCAUUUCUCACUUAUCAAUGAUCAGGAUUGCACUUUUUCUUGCAAAUACCUGUGUCUGAUGGUGUGAUCAGACUUUUCUUGAUGACCCUUUUAAGGAUCAAGAGGGAUUUACUUGAUUGGAUUUAACGAGGAAUAGAGAUUGUCGAGAUAUUAGAUCUGAUCAUGGUGUUUCUUUGUUGAAACCAUAUAUCAUGAAGAAUUGGUGAAUCUAUAAGUCGUGGAGAUUCGAAUUGCAUCUUGUAUACCAAGUACAUCUCUGGUUCCAGUUACCAAAAUGUUCAGAGGUAAUAACAGCAACACUGCAGCCCCGCCUCUUCUCGACAAUCAUUUCCUGUAUCCUGCAGAUAUGUCAAACCAGCUACAACCAUGCAGCAACUUACCUGCAGAAUUUCAUGUCAAUCCUGUAAAUUAUAUUGGAAAUAAUCAUGGCACUCCAUUUCUCCUUCCAAAUAAAUGUGUCGGGGAUGAUGAAGCUAUUACGAGGCAGCAGAAGCUUCAGAUCUCCUUAAAUAAUAGGACUUUUCCUGAUGAAGCUGACAGAAAAGUCAGCAUUUUGAACCAGAAUCCUGUGUCGACUGGUUUAAGGCUCUCUUAUGACGAGGAUGAACGUAACUCCUCUAUUACUUCUGCAAGUGGAAGCCUGAAAGAUGCAUCAUCAGUUUUUUCUUCUCUGAGCAAUGACACCAGAAGAGAACUUGAUCAGCAGAAACAAGAACUGGAUCAGUUUAUUAAAUCUCAGGAAGAAACUAUGAUGAAAGGGGUGAGAGACAUACGGCAGAGACAUAUGGCUUCUUUACUGACUGCUCUUGAGAAAGGGGUUGUCCGGAAGUUGCAUGAGAAGGAUCUUGAGUUGCAGACCGUAACCCGCAAAAACAAAGAACUCGUCGAGAGCGUGAAGCAAGUAACAAACGAAGCCCAAAAUUGGUGCUAUAUGGCCAAGUGCAACGAAUCAGUUAUUAACAUUCUGAAAACCAAUCUCCAGCAAGCAAUGCAAAAUUCUAACCGAGGAAAAGAAGGGCUUGGAGAGAGCAACGUCGAUGACGCUGCAUCUUGCAUCGAUCCGAACAACUACCUGGGCGUUGCAGGUGGGUCUGGAAGAUCUGCUUCAGUGAAGAAAGAUAUGAUGUGUAAAUCCUGCAAAGAAAAGCAGGUAUCAAUCCUAUUAAUGCCCUGUAGACACCUCUGUUUGUGUAAAGAGUGUGAAGGUUUUGUGAGUGUUUGUCCUGUUUGCCAGAUGAUAGCUACUGCUAGUUUUGAGGUGUAUCUAUCGUGAAGACAGAUCAAAUUAACUUAUACAAAUGAUUAUUCACAAUCAAUUACCCAAGUUAUGGUUCUGCUUAGUUA